GUGGCACUGGCUCGCUCCCCGCGUGUUUUAUCCACGCCUCGCGCCGUGCUCGCGUCGGCCACGGCGGCGAUGGCAGCGGCCCGGCGCCUCUUCUCUUUCCACCACCUCGCCCUCCACCCCCGCGCGCCCGCGCGCCCUCUCGCCGCCGCCGUUGCCGUCGCGGUUCCGCAUCGCCGCGGCAAGCAUGACGCAGUCACCUGCAAGGCCACCGGGAAGACCAAGGCCAAGUCCAAGGCGAAGGCGGGUGGUAAGGGCGGCGAGCGGCUGCAGCGGCGGCCGCUGGAGGAGCACCUCAAGCGGCGCACGCGCUCCGCGGCCGCCUUCGAUGCCGACCUCUACGGCCGCCACGGCCACGCGCACCACGUCCCCGUGUUGCUCGGCGAGGUCCUCGCCGCCUUCCGCCGGCCCCGCUCGCUCCGCUCCUUCGUCGACUGCACCGUCGGCGCCGCCGGGCACUCCCUCGCCAUGAUGGAGGCACACCCGGAGAUGGAGCUGUACGUUGGCAUGGACAUCGACCCCACUGCCCUGGAGAUCGGUCGUGGGCACAUUGAGACCUUCCUUGCUGGUAGGGAAGGAAAUGGAGCUGAAGAUAGUUCCUUGCAGGGAACGCUGCGUGCCUACACUCACGUCAAGAACUUCAAGUACAUCAAGCAAGUUCUUGGUAGUGUUGACGAGAGCCUAGCUGUUGGAUCGUCUGGAGUUGAUGGCAUCCUCAUUGACCUUGGCAUGUCAUCCAUGCAGGUAAACAGAUCAAACAGAGGAUUCAGUAUCCUCCAGGAUGGCCCUCUCGAUAUGCGCAUGGACCCUAAGGCAACUUUAAGAGCAGAGGAUAUCUUGAAUUCUUGGCCGGAGCUUGAAGUUGGACGUAUCCUGCGUGAUUAUGGGGAGGAAAGCAAUUGGCAAUUCCUUCAGAAGCAAAUUGUUAAAGCCCGGGAAAUGGGUGGUCUGCACUCUACUGGGGACCUUGUCAAACUAAUCCAGAGAAAAUGUAACGUCUCAAAAGGACGGCAGGGCUGGAUUAAGACUGCAACAAGAGUGUUUCAGGCCCUCAGGAUUGCAGUUAAUGAUGAACUCCGGGUUCUGGAAGAUUCACUCCAUUCAAGCUUUGACUGCCUAGCGACAGGUGGCCGUCUUGCUGUAAUCUCGUUCCACAGCCUGGAGGACAGAAUUGUGAAGAAGACCUUCUUGGAGCUCAUCCAUGGGGGUGAAGCUGAUGAUGAAGAGGAUGAUGAAGACGACCUGGCACUCCCUGACAUCGAUGAUGAAGAUGAACCAUGGUUUAACCAGAGACUGCAAGGAAGGAACGGGAUCGUCCUCACGAAAAGACCAAUAACCCCUUCUCAAGAGGAGGAAAAACUAAAUCAGAGGUGCAGAAGUGCGAAGCUCAGAGUUAUCCAGAAGGCCUGAAUAAUUUCGAGCAUUGCUGUGGAUAUCGGCUCACGAAUUGUUAUAGCCAGAGCACACGUGAAAUGAGAUCGUGACUUACGUACACUGGCAACCGCGCUCCAGAUCACCAGAAAAAAAUACCUCAACCGGAGAAAAUGGCAGCGUUUUUCCUCCGCACGAAACCUAGAGGCUUAGGUUAGUUGAAAAAUCUCACUGUAUCUGCAUCAGUUCCUGAACUUCACCCAUGGAUACCAUCAGCACAUGUACUCUGUAAGACCAUUACCUUGCAAGAUACAAUAGUCCCCUUCACUUCCUUGCUCAUCAUCCAUCUGGGCUCUGGCUGUUCAUGAUUAACUGAUUCAACUCGCAUAUAUCAUUUUUUUAUAUUUUAA